CUGUGCCCGUCUCUUCUCACUCGGCGACCCCGGACCCCGAGGGCAGGCCAGAGCCGCAGAGAAGGAGGGGUAGGGGGAGAGGCAGGCGGGCCAUGCCCUGGUCGCCCCGCGCCGCCCCACUUUGGGACCUGGUCCUGGGCGUACUGGGCACUGCCGCCUUCCUGCUUGACCUGGGCACCGACCUGUGGGCCUUCGUUCAGUACGUGCUCAGCGGCCGCUACUUGUGGGCAGCGCUGGUGCUGGCGCUGCUGCUCCUUGCCUCGGUCGCGCUGCAGUUCUUCAGCUGGGUCUGGCUGCGCGCCGACCCCGCGGACCUGCACGGGUCGCAGCCGUCCGGCCGCUGUCUGGCGCUGUUGCAUCUCCUACAGCUGGGCUAUCUGUACAGGUGUGUGACGGGGCUGCAGCAGGGACUGUUGGUGUGGCGGCAGGAGGUGCCCUCAGAGUUUGACAUGGCAUAUGCUGACUUCCUCUCCCUGGACAUCAGCAUGCUGCGACUCUUUGAGACCUUCUUGGAGACGACACCGCAGCUGACGCUGGUGUUGGCCAUUGUGCUGCAGAGCGGGCAGGCCGAGUACUACCAGUGGCUUGGCAUCUGCACGUCCUUCCUGGGCAUCUCGUGGGCACUGCUUGACUACCACCGGGCCUUGCGCACCUGCCUGCCCUCUAAGCCCCUCCUGGGGCUGGGCUCCUCCGUGGUCUACUUCUUGUGGAACCUGCUGCUGCUGUGGCCCCGAGUCCUAGUCGUAGCCCUGUUCUCAGCCCUCUUCCCCCGCUAUGUGGCCCUGCACUUCCUGGGCCUGUGGCUGGUGCUGCUGCUCUGGGUCUGGCUGCAGGGCACAAACUUCAUGCCAGACCCCUGCUCCGAGUGGCUGUACCGGGCAACAGUGGCCACCAUCCUCUAUUUCUCUUGGUUCAAUGUGGCUGAGGGCCAUACUCGAGGCCGGGCCACCAUUCACCUGGUGUUCCUCCUGAGUGACAGUUGUCUCCUUGUGGUCACCUGGGUGACUCAUAACACAUGGCUGCCCCGUGGGAUCCCAUUACAGAUGUUGCUGUCUGUGGGUGCCUCCAGCUUCCUUUUGGGUCUGGUUCUGCGGCUUGUCUACUACCGCUGGCUGCAUCCUAGCUGCCGCUGGGAGCCUGACCAGGUGGAUGGGGCCCGGGGCCUCCUUUCUCUCGAGUGGUGUCAGCUGCCUCAGAACAGGCGCAUGAACCAGUUGGCUCAGAACUUUUUCCCGAAGGCUAAGGAUGAAACUGUUUCCUCAGGGAAAGGAGAGGUGAAUGGGGUCAUUUGAGGUAGGGUUCAACUCUGCUUGGCGACAGAGAGACAGCAAACUAACUGGUAGACAGCAGGAGAAGAUAAGCUAAUUAUGGUGUUAUGGGCCUUGAUCCACUCAACAACAGCUUGAUGCCUGAUCUGUGCCAGGUACUGGAGACCAGAGUUGAGUAAGACAUAGGUCUGCCUUCAAGGAAUUCACAAUGUGAGCAAGAUGAGAAGGGCUGGAUCCUGGAGGGACGGUGGGCCCCAAUUAUGUACAAGACACUUUGGGAGGAUAGAAGAGAGGCUCCUUUUUUUCUCCCCAACCAACCAGUAUAACAGGUGGCCCCAAAACUUCUUAGGUAUUUUUAUCUCCCUGGCCACCUCUAAAAUAGUUGGUAGAGGAGCUAUUCUACCCUUUGGUUCCCCUCUCCUGGAGUAGAAGGCCCCAGGAACUCCUGAGUAUGGUUUCUGGAAUUCUUCCCCCCCUGUCCCCACCCCAUUCAGUCAGUUCAUUCCACAAAUGUUAAUUGAGAUCCUCUUCUGCACCAGGAACACCAUUCUAGCCUUGGAACCUGGAACAAGGUCAGCUGCCACCAUAGCUUCUUCCCCCACACUCUCCAUUCCUGGGUAGGAUCUCACAUGCUAGAGGACUGAGCCGUGGAUGCUAACUCUGGCUGGUCCCUGUCAGCACCCAAGGGCCAUAGUGCAGCUGACCCAGCCUCUGCUUCUGCUUGCAAGGGACCACCUUUCAACCAAGUGCCUUGUGAACCUGUGGUCUGGGCCAUGGCUCAACCCCACAAGUGUUUUAUUCUUUAGCCAGCAUACCUCCUACCUCAGAGUCCAUGUAUGAGGAAGAGAGUGUCUGUGCAUUGGUGUCUCUGCAAGUGAGAAACAUGUAUGUGUCAUUUUUGUUUAGCAGUAUUAUUAGUAAAACCUCAUGAAAUCUUCCAACCUAGUCUGUGUCAUGAAGCUAAAUCUACUGAAGGGUUUAAAACCUCCUGGAAAGAAGGGAUCAGAGAUGAGAUUCUCGUAAAGGCCCCUGAGACCAGAGAAGGGGCGGCUGGCUUAGGUAGGACUUCCAAACUUUGUUUCCAAGUUUCAAGAGGUGGUGAGCCCACGUGGGCUUUUCAGCUGGACAUCAGAAAUGGGAUCUGGGCUGACUGCAGUGCACGCUGCUAACCACCAGCUGUUGCUGGGCCUGGCAGGCGUAGCCCAGACACCUCUAGUACCAGGAAAUGAAUAUGAGAGCCCACAUGCAAAAGCUCUUUGCUGGUAGCUCAGGGAAGGUUUAUGAUGCAACAGGUUAAUGGGAUGUGGAUGUGGGUGAUAGUGCUGGGGAGGUGGAACCUUUUGCUGCUCUAGGAAGUCUGUGGUUUGGAGAAGCCAAGAACAGGAAGAGGGCACUGGAGAUGGGAGAAAAUGUUCCCAUCACCGUUGUGAUGGGACUGAGUAGUCUCAGUUCUGUUAUUCAUUCUAGUGAAGACACCAUAAACAGAGAAGUAAAAGUAUAUCAGAUAGUGUUAAGUGCUAAAAGAAAAAGCAGGGAAGGGGAUCAGGAGAGUGAGUGUGUGUUGUGGGUGGGAGUUAACAUUUUAUAUAGAAUGGCCGUAAGCCCUCAAGGAGGUGAGGGAAAGAGCCCUGCAGAUGCACUUCACCCCAGAGACCAAGUGGGCAGUGACUGGGGACUGUGAUAAAUGUGAUGAGAAGGAGCAGAGCCUGGGGGGAAAGUCCUGUAGGGCUGGUGGAUUGAGUCACUGUGUGUGUGUGCGCGCGUGGCGGCGGGGGGUGUGUGCUGCAGACUAUCUGUUCCUCUCUGAGGGCAGUAACUCCACUGGAUGAAGGUGGAAGGCAUGUGACAGCUAUGUUGACCUGGAGCCAGAAAGGACACAGUGAUGAGGGUUGGGGGCAGAGAUGAGAGCCUCUGGGAAGAUGGUGCUGUGCUUUUUACAUACAUGGAAUGUUAGAGGUUGAAAGAUCUUCCAGAUCAUAAAGUCCAGUGAUUUCCAGACUUGAAUUUCAGCAACCAAUAAAAUGGCCAACAUGGUUGCCAAUUUAACAAAAAAGAGCAGUAAAAACCAACAUUAUCAUUUCAUAAACCAAAGGCCAUCCAAACGAUCUCAAAAUAAAGGACCAUUCUUUUAAUUGAAUACAAUUAAACACACUCACUGUCGUAGACUGAAUUGUGUCCUCCAAAAAUAUCUGUCAACUUGGCUAGGUCGUGAUUCCCAGUAUUGUAUGAUUGUCUACCAUUUUGUCAUCUGA